ACGGACUCAGCACCUCACAGCUUUGUAUCCCAGAACAAUCCUGAUCCCUGGAACAAUGGGGUCAGCAAAAUCCGGGGCGGUCAGUGACCGGCAGCAUCCAGAGGUUUCUAAGCAGUCAGCACUGUCACCGCCACAGUCUAUAUAAACAGGGCCCCCCCCCCCCCCCCACUAAUCUGUAAUACAGAGCGGGAGCAGAGAUGAAUGCUGGACACUAAGGAGGGUCGUCCAGACAUCCCCCCCAUCUUCCCGAAAUGUACACCCUCAUGGGUGGCGGUCUGCUCUGCGCAGUCUCUGGUUUAGUCCUGCUCAUCGUGGCCACAGCGACCGACUUCUGGAUGCAAUAUCGCUACUCAGGGAACCUGAGUAAUCAGGGGCUGUGGAGGUUCUGCGUGGCAGGGAAGUGUCAUGCCCACACCAUCACUGUCGCUUUCUGGGACGCCACUCGAGCCUUUAUGCUGCUUUCCAUCCUCUCUUCCUUUGCCGGCAUUAUUUUGGGCCUCACAGCCUUUUCUAGCGGAGCCAAAUCAGCUCGAACUCGCUCGGCAGGGUUUACACUACUAGUCGCAGGUUUCUUUGCGCUCUUGGCCUUGUCAGUAUACACAGGGGUGACCGUCAACUUCUUCGGGAAACGUUACGUAGACUGGAGGUUUUCCUGGUCCUACAUCUUGGGUUGGAUUGGAAUCAUUCUCACCAUGUCAGCAGGUAUCUUCCACAUCUGCGCCUACAUCAGGAACGGCUCUCAAGACGCAGCCAACGUCCCCAGCGGAUGAGCUGCUCCGGAGCCGCCGCCAUGUCCAUAGUUUCUUCUUUCCCUCUCAAUGAUGCCCCAGAACUUUUCUACUGGCACCUGUUUCCUAGAUGAUGGAUGGUUUAGGGUUGUCCC